AUGGCAUUAACAAAGGAUUCGUUUGAACGGAUUAAGUGGCUUAUCACAGCUGCCUGGUGGCUGCUGAUUGUUUUUGCAGCACAAGAAAUUGAUGGGGGAGGAUAUGCAUAUAUUGGCCCAUGUGGGGGACAGGAUUGUUCAGUUUGUCGGUGCUUUCCAGAAAAAGGAUCAAGAGGUCAGCCUGGUGAGCUGGGAGCUCAAGGUCCGAUUGGGUCCUUGGGAUCUACAGGACCAGCUGGUCUGCCAGGGGAAAAAGGACAGAGAGGUGAGAAUGGGCAGCCUGGGCCAGCUGGAGAAAAAGGUGAUAAGGGCCCAACUGGAGUUCCAGGAUUUCCUGGUUUAGAUGGUGUUCCUGGAUUACCAGGAAGUGAAGGACCUAGGGGAAAGCAUGGUUUAGAUGGCUGCAAUGGCUCAAGAGGAGAUCCAGGAUUUCCAGGCGAAAAUGGUUAUAUUGGACCAAGAGGUCCUUAUGGAAAUCCAGGGCAAAAAGGAGAAAAAGGAAAUUCGGUGUAUGUUUCACAUUUUGGAAAAGGACCUCCAGGAGACAGAGGUGAUCCUGGACCCCCUGGCAUGCCUGGUAUUGCAGGUUACCCUGGUUUGCCAGGCGAACAGGGAAAUCCAGGUAUUGGAGUGGACGGACAAAAGGGGGAGCCGGGCGACGUUGGGCUUCCUGGGCCACCUGGGUCACCACUGUUAGUUGGACCUCCUGGAGCUCAGCUGUUCAAAGGAGAAAAGGUGUUAGUCUUCAUAUUUAACUGUGCUGAACUUGGCAAGUACAAUCCUGGCCAAAAAGGACUACCUGGGGUAACCGGAUACAGAGGGCCACGUGGACCCAAAGGUGUACUUGGGAGAGGAGAAAAGGGUGAAAAAGGCAUUCCUGGAUUCCCUGGAUUGCGGGGUAAUCCUGGUUCUUAUGGACCUGCAGGUUUUCCUGGAAUGAAGGGGGAAACAGGAUUUGCUGGUUUUCCUGGACAACCUGGCUAUCCAGGCAUACAGGGGGAUCCAGGAGAAAAAGGGCCCCCAGGUCCUCCUGGAGCUGUUGGAACUCCACUGCCUCCUAUAAAAGGUCCACAAGGAGAUCCUGGAUUUCCAGGUCCUGCUGGUGAUACAGGGUCAGUUGGACCAGUUGGUCCUCCAGGCCUGCUAGGAAGACCAGGAGAUGAUGGAACAAGUCUGCCUGGCCUGCCAGGAGUAAGUGGGGUAGCAGGACCUCAAGGUUUUCAAGGUGACCCUGGUUUUCCUGGAACAGGUGAAUCAAUCCCAGGAAUACCUGGGUUUCCUGGACCACCUGGCCUACCAGGAGAGCCAGGAAGACAAGGCGUACCUGGACUACCCAGUGUAGUCUGUACUGACAGAGGGAUCCCUGGAGAACCUGGAGCAAAAGGUCAGAUCGGCUUUCCGGGGAGAAAAGGUGAAAAAGGAGAAAAGGGAAAUCAAGGCCUCUGCUCAUGUGGUGCUGGUCCUCCUGGUCCCCGUGGUAUGCAAGGACCUCCAGGUACUCAAGGAAAGAAAGGACAAAUGGGAUAUCCUGGAAGACAUGGAGAAAAGGGCGACCCAGGCUUACCUGGUGCAAUGGGAUCACCAGGGCUCUCUGGGACACCUGGUUCUGCUGGACAACAUGGUGAAAAAGGAGAGAAGGGUGAUCCAGGAAGAGUUAGAAUAAAAGGAAUAAAAGGUGAAAGAGGUCCUACUGGGGCUCCAGGAUUUCCAGGCCAAAGAGGUAAUGAUGGCAGAGAUGGGGAACUAGGAUUGCCUGGGGAAAAAGGAGCUGAGGGCAAUUCUGGAGUACCACUGCCAGGUGAUAAAGGAUUCCCUGGGGUCCCAGGACUUCCUGGGGUAAAAGGACAGAUGGGAUUGCCUGGUUUGGGGUUUCCUGGCCCUCCAGGAGUCAGAGGUAGCCCUGGAGACUUUGGUGAUACUGGUAAUGUUGGGCCACCUGGUCCAAAGGGCCAGAAAGGUGAGACUGUCUGCAUUACAUUACCAUACCCUGGAAAUCCAGGUCCCCCAGGUUUUAAAGGUGUUCCAGGACUAAAGGGUUUAAAAGGACUCCCCGGUCGUCCUGGACCAAAUGGCUUUGAUGGACAAAAAGGCUAUCGAGGCAGGCCAGGAGCAGGAAUCCCAGGGCCAGAAGGCUUUCGAGGUGAAGCUGGUGAUCCUGGUGAUGAAGGUGAAAGGGGAUCUACAGUUGAUGGUAAAAAUGGCCCUCCAGGUCCACCUGGCAUAGAUGGUCAGAAAGGUGUUCCAGGCGAUACCACAUAUGGUCCUCCAGGAAUCCCAGGCAACAGGGGACUGCCAGGACACCCUGGUGCACAAGGAGCAAGGGGACAGCCUGGUACCCCAGGAUUUCCAGGUGCCAAAGGUUUUAGAGGCCCAGAAGGUGAUAUCGGAGCACCAGGCUGUCCAGGCUUCCCUGGUCUACCAUGUGACACGGGCUUACCAGGGCCACCAGGACUCGCAGGUGUCAUGGGCCUGCCAGGACCCCAAGGCUUACCUGGCUUUAAAGGUCAGAGGGGAGACAGAGGCCUAGCUGGGCCACCUGGAAUCAAAGGUCUCAAAGGUUCUCCUGGCUCACAAGGUCCCCCAGGCCCUCCAGGCUCCCGAGGGCUUCCAGGACUUCCAGGCAAUAAAGGACCACCUGGUUUCCCAGGACAAACAGACUCCUUUACUGAUGCAGGCUGUGAUCGGAUGCUGAUGAGUGUUCGAUUCUUGGAGCA